AUGAACGAAGAGAACGAAGAAAAUCUUAAAAUAAAUAUAUCUGAUGCGCAAUGUCUACCCCGUAGACCAUGCACAUCACCAUGCUACUACGACGAAUUAAACCUUCUAAUAACGUUAGCUCGUGCUCUUGAAGAAAACGAAUAUUCGAAACCAACAUGCAAAAAUGGCGUAGAUGUUGAAGAAAUAAUUAUAAAAUUAAUCAAUGCUCUCGUAUACACAACAGUUAGCAGCGCUGGCAACGGAGGGAGUUGCUACAAAAAUAAUGAUAAAAACGGCUGUUGUGGUUACAGCGGCAACAACUAUAAUUCUGGUGAAGGACUCAUUAACUUAGACUUGCUUAACCAGAAUGACCCCAACAACAUACUAGAUCUAGAUCUUGGUAAUCAAAAUCUUCUAGGUAUUGGUUUGGGUAACAAAAAUUAA